AAAGAAGAGAAUUUUGUGCUUUUUUGAAAUCAAUCAAGUUUCCUGAUGGAUAUGCCGCAAAUAUUUCAAAGCGUGUGAACAUAGAAGAUGGAAAGAUAUUAGGUCUCAAAAGUCAUGAUUGCCAUGUGUUGCUCCAACGACUUCUCCCAAUUGGAAUCCGUAAAUUUCUAAGGAAGGAUAUUAAUACAACACUUACAGAACUCUCAUGUUUUUUCCAAAAGUUAUGUGCAAAAUCAUUGAGGAUACAAGAUUUGGAAAUAUUAGAACAUGAUAUUGUGUUGAUUCUUUGUAAGCUUGAGAGGAUCUUUCCACCUGCUUUUUUUGAUGUUAUGGUACAUUUACUUGUGCAUUUACCACAUGAGGCAAAACUUGCUGGACCUGUUGGACUUAGAUGGAUGUAUCCUAUUGAAAGGAAUUUAGCGACUUAUAAGAGUUAUGUAAGAAAUAAGGCUUACCCAGAAGGUUCAAUAGCAGAGGCUUAUAUUGUGAAUGAAUCAUUAACAUUUUGUUCUCAAUAUCUUCUUGGAAUUGAGACUAAAUUUAAUCGACUAGAUCGAAAUGUUGAUGAUUUGAAUGAUCAGUCAAAUGAGUUUUCUGUUUUUUCUCAAAGAGCUCGCCCAUUUGGAAGUUACCAGCAGCUUGAGUUCUCUCGUGCCGAAAUAGAGAAAGCUCACUGGUAUAUCUUGAACAACUGUAAAGAACUACAAUCAUAUUUAUGUGAACACAUGGAGCAGUUGGAAAAGGAAACCAAUGAUAAUUUAUUUCAAAGGCAAAAACAGCUAUUCCCAAAGUGGUUUGCAAAUCAUAUGAAAAUAUUACGCCAUCAAGGAUCACCAGAAGCUACUGAUGAAUUAUAUUCAUUAGCCUCUGGACCUGAUCGUAGAGUAUCUUUAUAUCAUAGUUGUGUGGUAAAUGGAAUUCGAUUUCACACUAAAGAUCGAGAUGAUCGACACACAACUCAAAAUAGUGGUGUUCUUGUAUUGGGUGACCGUUAUGAGGAUAUGAUUGAUUUUUAUGGUGUGUUGCUGAAUGUUGUUGUGUUAGAUUAUAUCUUCAACAACCAAGUUGUUCUAUUCAAGUGUGAAUGGUUUGAUACUGAUCCCAAUAAAAAGAGAUUGCAAGAUGAUGGUGUCCUUAGGUGCAUUAAUGUGGAUAAUAAGUGGUAUGAAGAAGAUCCUUAUGUUCUUGCAAGCCAAGCACAACAAAUCUUUUACGUAAAUGAUCCAAAGUUAGGAUCAAGUUGGAAAGUGGUGCAAAAAGUACUUCAUAGACACAUAUUUGAUGUCCCAGAGCAAACUACAACAAAUGAUAGUGAAAAUGAUAAUGAAGAUCCAACAAUAGAAGAAGCAUAUCAAGAAAAUGAUUCAACUGAUAUUGUUUGGUCAGUAAACCAAGAUUGUAAUGUUCUACAAUAUCAAAGGGCAGAUGGUGAUUCAACCUAUAUUGAUAUUGAAAAUGUGGUUGAUCAUGGGAGAAGAUUUGAAAAUGAUGAUUUAACUGCUUUCAUAAAUGACCAAGAUGAAGAAGAUGAAACACUUGUAGACUAUUGCAGUGAGGAUAAUGAAAAUAGUGAUGAAGAAGAUCAUGAUAGUGAUAGUGAUAGUGAUAGUUAG